UCACAAAUUAGGAGUGACAAAAUUACGUCAGUUGUUUGGAUAGUAGUCAUGUAGUUAAGGUCUCUACUUGUCAUUUGUUCCCAAAUGGACAAUUGGACUGAAAGUAAUAAGGUAAACAAAUAUUUAAAAUAUAUUUGUUUUAAGUUUAUGUGGUACAUGAUGUAUAUUGUAACUCUAUAAGUGACUAAAGUGGGUUCAAACAAAAUUUAAAGACCAAAAGUGACUUUUUAAAACUUACCUAAGUGACUUGUGGAAAAAAAUGACCUACACUGUAUUUGUUUAUAAUUAAUGCUCUGAGCAGUCAAGGUUUAUAGCCUUAACAUUAAAUAUUUAAAUUCUCACUGACACAGUGGUACAUUGUAUUCAAAACAAGACAGAGUCCCAACACUGAACACUACUACGUCACUGAACAGUGACCACGCAGUUUCAGUAAUGUUGCAACCACACUUACAUUAUAACACUGCACUAAACAAGGGUAAUGGCUGGUGGAAGCUCGGAAGUGCAGCGGUUCUACAAGGACUGCGGGGUCUUUGUGACCGGCGGGACGGGUUUCCUGGGCAAGCUGACCAUAGAGAAGAUCCUCAGGAGUUGUCCUGAUGUCAGGAAAGUGUACGUGCUGAUACGGCCUAAGAAGGGUUUAUCCAUAGAAGAAAGGAAAAAGGCACUACUUGACAAUGUGGUAAGUAUUGUAACACACUAACAGUUAUGUGAUGUUAGACUGGGACAUUGUUUUUAAAGGAUGUGAAACAUUUUAAAAUGUGCUUUGAAGAAUAUAUAAAGGUUUUCUAACAUGAUACACUUUUGAUAAUCUAGCACAUUCAGGACUUUGCAAAUGCCAGAUUAUGGAAAAUUCUGUAUUUAUAUGUCGACUUGAUAGACAGAGCCCAACUUACCACCUCACAACCUCGGCAAGGCGGUUAGGCCAGCUUACACAUUAAUAAACCCACAAAGUUUUUUCUUGGAUUUUACUUACAGGAAUGUGUAAGCCAGCCUGAGAGUUUUCCUGGAAUAGUAACUGACAUCAAUAUUUUAGUAACUUUUCCCACAUCAUGUCAAUGUUUACAAUCCUUAUUGAUGAGGUCACACAAUAGUAUAUUGGCUAUUUUCAUUGCUUUGGAGCUACUUUUAAAUUCCUCGUUCUGUGUUCCAGGUGUUUGACCGCAUGAAGCGCGAGCAGCCAGACUCGGUGGACAAGAUAGUGUUCGUGGCCGGAGACUGCUCUAGUCCUCGCCUGGGCCUCAGUGACUCGGACUACCACCACCUGACCCAACAUGUCCACAUCGUGCUGCACCUGGCCGCCACGGUCAGGUUCGACGAGACGAUGAAAGUGGCAAUAAACACAAAUAUCAAGGGUACGAUGGAGACUGUGAGGUUGUGUUGGGACUGUUUCUCUCUGAAGGCUGCAGUGUUUGUUACAACAGCCUUUUCGAAUGUUAACUGUAAGGAGGUGAGAGAAGAGUUUUAUGAACCACCAAUGCAACUGGAAGAGGUACUGGCUCUAAUGGAUAGAGUCAGUGAACAGGAGCUCGAAAUACUUAGUCACAAGGUAACAGGUGCUAGGAAAAUCCCUUAUUUGUUCUCAAAAGCUGUGAUGGAGAACCUGAUUAUGAUGCAUGCUAAAGGCUUACCAGUUGCAAUUGUGAGGCCCUCAAUGGUCGUGUCUGCAGUGAGAGAGCCUUUACCAGGGUGGCUGGACAACAUGUAUGGCCCGAUAUCUAUUGUCACUGGAGUUGGAACAGGCGUAUUGAGAGUUAAUAAUGCAGACAUAGACUUGGUAUUGGACCUGGUUCCAGCUGAUAUGGUCACCAAUUGCAUCUUAUCUGUGGCUUCAACCAUGAGCAUGAGUAGGUCAAACGAUGCCAUCACUAUUUACAAUGUAGUUACAUCAGACAAAAAUCCCAUAACUAUAAGAUUAUUGAAGGAAACAAUGUUAAAAUAUGGAGAUAAGUUCCCAUUGAAGACAGUAAUCUGGCACCCAUUUAUGCUGUCAGUUCCUAAUUUUAAACUGUACACGUUCCUGACUCUCUUCCUGCACGUGCUACCAGGAUGUCUUCUGGACCUGGUGCUCCGACUGAAGGGCAAGCCACCAAUGUUACUGAAGAUUUACAAGAAAAUAAGAAAAUAUUCCAUCAUAAUGAAUAUGUUUCCUGUGAAGCAAAUAACAUUUUUCAGUGACAACUUGCAGAAUCUAUAUGAGAAAUUAGGUUCUGAAGAUAAAAAACUGUUCUUCUUCGACAUGAAACAGAUAAACUGGGUGGAUUCUAUGUUGACAGUAUGUCUUGAGUCGAGGAAGUAUCUUCUAAAUGAGACGCUGGAUGAUCUGGAGCUUGCUAGGUCUCGUUAUCGAAGGUUGUAUAUAGUCCACACAUUUGUCAAGUAUUUGUUGUUUGGUUUGGCAAUUUAUGCAGCAUGGCUGGUAAUAGCAUAUUUCACCAAUAGCAUGUUUUGAUCAAAGCAAGAUGCUAGAAUCUGUAUUGUGUGUAUUUUUUUAAACCUAAUCCAUUGUAUUUGUAAGUUUUUAUAUUAUAUUUGUAAAUGGUGCUGGAAUGCAUUUAAAUAAAAGUGUUUCCGUAAUA